CCUCCAUUUCUCCGAGCAACGCUACUGCCGCUACUGCAGCUCCCGUACAACACACCCAAUUAAUACAGCCGCUACUCUCCCCGUGCGUGUGUCUCCCUCUCCCUCUCUCUCUCUCUCUCUCUCUCUCUCUCUCUUCCUCAUAGAUCUCUCGCUCUCUAUAUAUGUUGCUUUUGCCUCCUCAAAUUAAUUAAUUCUUAAUUUAUUUCCUCCAUAAUAACAAUAAUAAUAAUAAUAAUAAUAAUAACAAUAAUUUGCAAUUAAAUUAAUUCUGCGUGCGUGCGUGCGUACGUACGUAGGUAUAUAUAUAGCGCGCGCGCAACGCAACGCAACGCAACGCAAUGGCACCGAUGUUCAGCGUCCGGCGCAGCGAGGCCGUGCUGGUGGGUCCGGCCGAGCCGACUCCCCACGAGUUCAAGCGGCUCUCCGACAUCGACGACCAGGAAGGCCUGCGCUUCCACAUCCCGGUCAUCCAAUUCUACCGCAGCAACCCCUCCAUGGCCGGCCGCGACCCCGCCGAGGUCGUCCGCCACGCCCUGGCCAAGGCCCUCGUCUUCUACUACCCCUUGGCCGGCCGCCUCAGGGAAGGACCCGGCCGCAAGCUCUACGUGGAGUGCACCGGGGAGGGAGUGCUCUUCAUCGAGGCCCAUGCCGACGUCCCCCUCCACCACUUCGGCCACGCCCUGCAGCCGCCGUUUCCCGGCCUGGACGACCUCCUCUUCGACGUCCCCGGCUCCAGUGGGGUGCUUCACUGCCCCUUGCUGCUCAUCCAGGUGACCCGGCUGGUGUGCGGCGGAUUCAUCUUGGGCCUCCGGCUGAACCACACGAUGUGCGACGCCCCCGGGCUGAUCCAGUUCAUGGACGCCGUGGCCGAGCUGGCCCGCGGCCUCCCCGCGCCCAGCGUCCGGCCCGUGUGGGAGCGGCACCUGCUGGAGGCGCGCGACCCCCCGCGGCCCAGCUUCCGGCACCGCGAGUACGACGAGGUGGCCGACACGAAGGGCACCCUGGUGCCGCUGGGCGACAUGGCCCACCGGUCCUUCUUCUUCGGGGCCCGGGAGAUGGCGGCCCUGAGGAGCCACGUCCCCCCGCAGCUCCGCAAGAGCUCCUCCGCCUUCGAGAUCCUGACGGCGUGCCUGUGGAGGUGCCGGACGGCGGCCCUGGCCCCCGCGCCGGAGGAGGAGGUGCGCAUUAUCUGCAUCGUGAACGCCCGCGGCAAGGCCGAGGGCGUGGUGCCCAGCGGCUACUACGGCAACGCCUUCGCCUUCCCCGUGGCGGUGUCGAGCGCGGGCAGGCUCUGCGCGGAGCCGCUGGGGUACGCGGUGGAGCUGGUGAAGGGGGCCAAGGCGGAGAUGAGCGACGUCGAGUACCUGCGCUCGGUGGCCGACCUCAUGGUGCUGCGCGGCCGCCCGCACUUCGCCGUCGUGCGGGCCUACCUCGUGUCCGACGUCAAGCGCGCCGGCUUCGGGGACGUGGACUUUGGGUGGGGGAAGCCCGUGUACGGCGGCCCGGCCAAGGGCGGGGUGGGAGCCAUCCCGGGCGUCGCCAGCUUCUACAUUCCCUUCACCAACGCCCAGGGGGAGCGCGGCGUCGUCGUCCCCGUCUGCCUGCCCGGCCCCGCCAUGGACAAGUUCGUCGCCGAGCUCCACACCUUGCUCGCGCAACCCACUACCCCCGCCCAACAGCCCUCCUCCGCACUCCCCAUCAUGUCCGCGCUCUGAUCUACAUUGAUUGACCAUCUCAUGAAUUAAGGAACACGCAAGCAGCUGCCUAGCUACCAACCUCCGAUUAAUCAAAUCAAAUUAAUUGAAUAAGCCGGUCGCAAUAUAUAUUAUCUCUCAGAUGAUGACCACCAAUGGUGAUCACGUCGCAAUAUAUAUACUUGUUAGUAAUUACUAGUUAGGGAGGGAAGAAAGAAUCGAUCCAUCUCUUUGUUCGUGCUUUCUGUAUAUUUGGGCAGAAUAAUCUGCGUCUUUGUACUGUGUGCCACGUGUGAGAUAAUGAAAAGUUGAAUAAUUUGUGUUCUCUCUCUUUUUUA